AUGAUGAAAUUUCAUAUUUUGCUUCUCUGUUUGCUUUUCGGUUCGAGUGCCCUCGCACAGGGCGAUAAUCAGAAUCAUCCGGAGAGUUUGCUUGAGAAAUGGCAUGAUUCAUUGAAAGCAGCAAUCGAAUGCCUGGAGGGUCGAGUAGAACUUCAGGAGCUGUCGAUACAGAUGCGACAACGACUAGAAGAAAUAAUGCAGUCAUUUGAGGUAAUCGUGCUACUGCUGAUAUUGCUGGUGCUGCAUGCUCCAAAGCACACUUUAUUAUGA